AUGGACCACAGUCAGAGCUUCGGGGUGAAUGACCUCAACCAUGCUUCGCAGUAUGGUAUCAACAUGCAAGCUCAACAGCAGCAACAACAACAGCAACAGCCCUCGCAACGCCAUCUCCAUCAGCGUCAUCCGUCUCUUGUUCGAUGGACCACUCAGCCCAUCUCGGCGUACCAGCUAGUGUCCUUGGAGGGAGGUGGAGGAGGGGAUGGUGGUGGUGGCAGUGGUAACUCCGAACCAACCGCUCUAUCAACAGAUGCCACAGCAGAUGCCACAACGGCAACAGCAGCAAGCUGCACUCUACGCGUUUCAGCCGAAUUUGCCAAACAUGCCAAUGCCGCAUGGGACACCGCUGACACCCAUGUCGCAAAUGUCACAGCUGCAACACAUGCCGUCCAUGCCACACAUGUCGCCCAUCACGCCGCUGACGCCAAUGACGCCUGCCGGGAGUGGCUAGAGUCCCACCCGCCGCCAUCCGUCGUGCAGCAGCGGCAGCUUCUACCAGCCAUCGCCGCCACAGUACCAGUCAUACUCGAGUGUGCCGGUCCAACAACAGCCACCGGAACAGCCGACGCAACAACAGUACCAGGCGUUCUACCAGCUGCAGCCGCGGACCCAACAGCGCCACCACCAGCUUCAGCGCUCGCAGUCCAUACCAGUCAUGUCUAG